AAUUCCGCGCCACCUUUUCUCGCGCCCAAAAAAUACUUUCCCCACAAUUCAGCUGAGUCUUGACAGCGAGAGACAAUCAAAAUACUACUUAACCUUUCAUCAUUAGGGCUCCACUCUCUCUCUCUCUCUACAAAUUCCAUUUCUCAUCUUCCACAUAUAUAACUCCCAUUUGGCGUUCCCAUUCUCCCCUUGCUCAGUUCUCUCUCUUCCUCGGGAUCAGCCCCGACACCUGCGAGACAUUGCGUGCAGUUAUCACUGUGUGUGUCAAGGGCUGGGUUUUACUCCCGAGGACUCGCUACCUUCUGCUGCUUCAAUUCUAUUCAUUGGAGCUCAUCUUCCCCCACAACUUUUUUCACUUUGCCUCCACUGCUCUACCCCAGAUCGCUUCCAUUUCCCAAACUAGCUUCUCAAGGUGUGAUUCGAAUAUGAAUACGUUUUCACACGUUCCUCCGGGCUUCCGUUUCCACCCGACGGACGAAGAACUGGUGGAUUAUUAUCUCCGGAGGAAGAUUAGUAACAGGAGUAUCGACUUGGACGUCAUCAAAGACGUUGAUCUCUACAAAAUUGAGCCAUGGGAUCUCCAAGAGUUAUGCAGAAUAGGAACAGAAGAUCAAAACGAAUGGUACUUUUUCAGCCACAAAGACAAGAAGUACCCAACCGGAACACGCACGAAUCGAGCGACGGCGGCCGGGUUUUGGAAAGCAACCGGCCGCGAUAAGGCCAUUUACUCCAAGCACGACUUGAUCGGGAUGAGGAAAACCUUAGUUUUUUACAAAGGCCGAGCUCCGAAUGGCCAGAAAUCAGACUGGAUCAUGCAUGAAUAUCGCCUCGAAACAGACGAAAACGGAACACCUCAGGAAGAAGGAUGGGUGGUGUGCAGGGUUUUCAAGAAGCGGAUCGCGACGACGCAGAAGCUGAGCGAGCACGACUCGCCGGUUUGGUACGACGAGCAUGUGUCGUUCAUGCCGGACAUGGAAUCUCCCAAGCACCACUCCUACAAUCCCAAUCACAAUCAUCUCUCCUACAGCAACUAUCCCUACAAGAAGGAGAUGCCGUUGCAGUACGCCGUUCCGGCCGACCACUUCCUCCAGCUGCCCCUUCUAGAAAGCCCUAAAGUUGUGCAGCAGCAGCAGCAGGCCAUGAGCUGCCGCGGCCUCAGCUUCAGCAAUAACCACGACCACCAACAACACCUCGAUCAGAAUUUCCACUCCGUCUUCAGGAACACCAACGACCAAUCCGCCGAGCAAGUCACGGAUUGGAGGGUUCUCGACAAGUUCGUGGCGUCGCAGCUCAGCCAGGAGGAGGUUUCCAAGGACAACGAGGCUUUUCCGGCGGCCGGGGAUUUGAGCAAGCAGGAGAUGGCGCCGGAGAACGCCACCACAUCGUCUUCCAGUUGUCAGAUUGAUCUGUGGAAGUGAUCCACUGGAGAAGGGCGUCUACCGAUUAUACUGUUUCUUGUAAAUAAUAAAACUGAUAAUAUGACCUAGCUAUUCAUCUUCCAAUACUACUAUAGAAACUAAAUUAAAAAAGAAAAAACUUAGUACAUAUGUUAUUCUUGUAAGAUAAUUCCAAGUGGUCCGAGGAAGCUAGCCCUUGGCUGCUGCAUGAGUUGAAACGGCAGCGUUUGCCUAUUUGUUGUGAUCUCAGAUAACCACAGAGAUGUUUAUGCUGUAAUUGUGGUUACAGAAGAUCUGUGUAAUGCCUCUGUAUUCAUCAGUGAAAAUAUAUAUUUCCCUUUUGUAUUGUAAAAA